GGUGGGUGACCGUACCGGGGAGAGUUUUUAAACACGAACGACAGACUAUAUAAGGUAGCAGCUACCUUCCAAGUCGUCUGCUAUCUUGCCUUCUACGAAGACCUGACGGCCAUCAAGAUGAAAUCAUCACUUUGCUUCCUCGCUCUUGCCUUCUGUGUGGCAGCAGUGUUGACUGAAGGUCACUCAGUUUCUAAACAAACUGGACAACAAGGUCAACCUGGACAGCCAGGACAGCCAGGACAACCUGGACAGCCAGGACAGCCAGGUCAACCUGGACAGCCAGGACAGCCAGGUCAACCUGGACAGCCAGGAAAACCUGGCCGCAAGGCUAGAAGUGCCGAAAGUUGUUCGAGGGAGUCCAACAGUGUCGAAGAUGACAAUUCCAGGGAAGCACCUGAACAAUCUGAAGAAAAAGAACAGCUUGAACAACCUCAACAAGAACAACCCGAAAAGCCUGAACUAGCAGAACAGUCGGGAGAAUCUGAACAACCAAGAGAAGAUGCGAUUGCUGCACCCGCGGACAGAACCUAGAAGAGCCGAUCUCCCAAAGUCUCCCAAGGGGCGAUCGCAGCAACCCAGGUGCAAAUCCAAGACAGAAAAGAACCAAACUUCCAAGAAACAAGGCAGUUGUGGGAUAAAGACAAGAUCACAUGAAACCAGCUUAGUGCUAAGCGCCAAGGAAAGUGGUCAGGAAGAUUCUGUUCCCAUACAGUCACCACCUGCUUCUGUAACAGAACUGAAAAUGUCUGACAUGUUGAUGACAUUAUCUUACUUUAGUUCUUUUUUUUCCCCCAAGAUAGGACACUAAUCUGCAAUAUAUCCAACAUUCUGAGUUCCACAGAAUAGACAAAAACUGGCAAAAGGAUCCGCAUUAUUUUUAGUUAUGAAUAUAAGCAAGUCUUUUCGAUGAACCUAUAAUCUAACAGCUGAAUGUUAAAUUGUACGCUGACAAUCGUACCCGACUAGUUUAUAUAACAAUAAAAUAUGUAACACAAUCA